GCAGACAGUGACGUACAGAGGUGCGCUGUCAGCGCAGCGUCGCGGAUUGUGGUGUUUUGUCAUGGCGUGAAGGAAACACCAGGUGCUUCACAGUAUAAAAUAUACACAGAAUACACGAAUUUUAAUUUUCGUCGAUGUGUAAUCCGUUACAAAUUCUGAAGAACAGUGGGCAUCGCCUAUUUUUUACAUUCAGUUGUAAAAUUCCGUAAUUUCAGUGCGCGGAAACAAGGGGUCUGUGACUGAACAAGGAACAAGUCUUCCCUAACAUACGCACAACAGUUUGGACUUCCGACAACACCAGAAGCUGUAGUGUCCUCUUACACGAGUUUCCUGCGUCAGUCAACAUCGAUAUGAGGUUAGGUUCUAUGGUACCGAAUUUUUGGGCUGAAACGACGAUGGGGCCAAUAAAAUUCCACGAAUGGCUUGGACAAUCAUGGUGUGUGUUGUUCUCACACCCGGCAGACUUCACGCCGGUGUGCACCACGGAGUUAGGCCUAAUCGCACAGGAGGCGAAUGAGUUCUUCAGACGUGGGGUGAAACUUCUGGGCCACUCCUGUGACUCGUUGCAGAAACAUAAGAUAUGGCUGGACGACAUCAGGACGUAUUUCAGAAAUAUCCCUCUGGAGUUCCCGUACCCUAUCAUCUCUGACGAGAGCCGCGAGCUUGCCGUGCGGCUGGAUAUGUUGGACGAGGGAAACCGCUGGGACCCCGUAGCCGCCAACACGAUCCGGGCCCUCUACGUCAUCGGCCCAGACUUUACAGUUAAGCUGUCAAUGUUCUACCCCAACACCACCGGCAGGAAUGUCCAGGAAAUGCUUAGAGUUAUAGACUCACUUCAACUAACGGAGCGGCUGAGAGUUGUCACGCCAGCCGACUGGACCAUGGGCGAGGAAGUAAUGGUAUCGCCUGAGGUCCAGGACAAGGAUUUGGCCAAACUCUUCCCGCGCGGAGUUGAGAAGGUCAGGAUGCCAUCGGGAAUUGCUUACGUGCGAAAAACCCGCGACUACGGACAUGCCAGCGAAUGUUGGGAUGGUUCCAUUAUCUGAUGACGGAGCUCUUCACACUCAACGCCAGUUCUGAACAAACUGUCUGGACUAGAACCCACAGAGUGACGCGAAGUCGCAGUUGUCAGAACAAAUACCAUUACCUACAUCUGACUACAUAUAACUACAUCUGAGAGUUAGUUAUUUUUGUUGUGUGUAGCAAAGAAAUUUGUUGAACAUUUUUAAGAUAAAGAAGCAGUUAAAAUGUCUGUAUUUAAGUGCAGUACCACUACGCUAAAUGACACAGACAGAGCUUAUAUCCCUUACAAAAAUCAACCUCUCUUCCCAUCGUCUAAAUUAUAAAGUAAUAAAACUGCAAUGUUUCAGAAGUUGAA